AUCCUUCAAUGCUACCUUUGUUCCAGACGGAGCCACGACCUCAAUCAUAAUGAGGUUGCCAUCGAUGCUGGGCAUAUUUGCUGCCCUUGCUACCUCUGCUAUUUCUGCAACUAAUUCUUCGACUCCAUUGUCAAAGCAGAUUCUCCCAAGUACCUUUAAACCACCCCAGGUCUUCCAGAAUGUGAACCUUGUGAGGAAUGUAAACCUGGAUAAAGGUUACCCUAGGGAAACAAUCAAUGUCGUGGUGCGUAAUAUUGACUCAGAGCCGCAAACUGAUUACUUCAUUCCGUUCGAUGCGGACUUGAUGUCGAGGAUAGGAGGACUGGAGGUCAGGGACAAGAAGGCGGCGUCACAACCGCCAUUUAAGACAGAAAUAAUUGCAAUUGAGUCCGGAAGUCAAACGGAAUAUGUCCUGGUCCAUCUUUCAAAGCCACUCGAGCCAAAGGCUGAGAUCACCUUAGGCAUCACGUACACUGUUCUUUCUGCUAUCUCGCCCCUACCAGAAACAAUUGAGCAAAUGGGCCAACAGACUCUUCUAUACAAAACGUCUGCAUAUGCACCUUCUGCAUACAGCACCUUGAAACAGAAGACGAAAUUUAAGUUCCCAACCACGAACAUUCCAGAUUAUACUGUCAUUCCCAACAAAAACUCAGAUGGCGGCGAAGAUCCAACGAGACAGGGUAGUACAUUUACGUAUGGACCGUAUGAGAAUGUGCCGGCAAGCGCGGUGCAGGAAAUCAGUAUGAGGUACGAGUUUACAAAGCCUCUGAUUCACGUUACAUUGCUUGAGCGUGAUGUUGAGGUCUCUCACUGGGGCGGAAAUCUUGCAACAGAAGAACGAUUCUGGCUAGGGAAUCGUGCUGCUAGGCUUAAAGAUCACUUUUCUCGCGUGCAAUGGCAGAUGACUCAAUAUGCCAGCCCGCCAACCACUGCGCUUAAAGAGCUGAAAAUACCCCUUCACGUUGGAAGCGUGGAUGCCUACUUCACGGACGAUAUUGGCAACGUGUCGACAAGUCGAUUCAGGACUAAUUCAAGAGAAGCCCUUCUUGAAGUGAAACCACGAUAUCCUGUCUUUGGCGGAUGGAAGUACAGUUUCAGAGUUGGCUGGAAUGGUGGGCUUGAGAAGUAUUUGAGGAAGUCAAAGACUGGAGACAGCUAUGUAUUAAAGGUUCCAUUCAUGGAGGGUCCUAAGAUGAAUGAGGGUGUGGAAUAUGAGAGAGUUGAAGUGCGAAUAAUCCUGCCGGAAGGAGCUCAGAACAUCAAAUUUACGACGUCUGUUCCACUUGUCAAAGAGGAAAUCACGAUACAUAAGACGUUUAUGGACACUCUUGGUCGUCCUACGCUCAAGCUUACGGCUCUGAAUGUAGUUGACGAAUGGCGAGACAGGGAUCUCAUCGUCACAUAUGAUUAUCCAUGGACAGCGGGGUAUCGAAAGCCACUCACUAUUGCAGCUGGCUUGGGGAGCAUUUUGCUUGCAGCAUAUCUUAUCAGCAGUGUUGAUACCAGAAUUGGGAAAAAGCAGGCUUGAUUUCCUUAGCGAUAUGAUGAUGAAAAAUGUACUAUCGUGCAUCUAGCGUACUUUCUGGCGUUCUGGAUUUCUUCUGAGAAACAUGUAUCAGUAAGACCCGAUGUUCCAAAUUUAUUACAGAAGCCGGGAUCAGAUUCCUUUUGCC